AAAUGGAGAAAUGCUUAAACAGUACAGGAAACGUGUUCCACAUCUCAGCAUUUUCCACCUCUGAAAGCGGACGAUGUCUCCUUUUCUCUGCAGUUCUAUUGAUGUAUCUGACGACCAUCCUGGGAAACAUGACCAUUGCUCUGUUGGUGUGUCUGGUCCCCCAGCUCCAUACUCCAAUGUAUUUCUUCCUGGGUAAUCUUGCCAUAGCUGAUAUUAUACACGUUUCAGUAACUCUUCCAAAACUUCUCUCCAUACUCCUAACACGUGACCACCGGAUUUCUUUCUCUGCCUGUAUGACUCAGGUGUACUUCUUCUCAUUGUCAGCCGUGUGUGAUAUUUUUGUGUUGACCUCCAUGUCCUAUGACCGAUAUGUGGCAGUUUGUAAGCCAUUACAAUAUUCUUUGUUAAUAAGUAAAGAUGUAUGCAAUGCAAUAAUUAUAUUCAUUUAUUUUGCAUCCGGUAAUGAUGCAGCAAUCAAUGUAAUAGUUACGUCUCUGUUGACCUUCUGUCCCACACAAAAUGUUGACCAUUUCUUUUGUGAGUUGACAACCUUGUACUCCAUUUCCUCUAGUGAUACUACAAGCAGAAGCAUACUUCUGGUAUUCCAGAUUAUAUUUCUGGCCUCUUUGCCAUUUUUGCUUAUUAUAACUUCUUAUAUAUUCAUAAUCUCUGCCAUUUUGAACAUUCAGUCCUCAAAGGGGCGACGGAAGGCUUUUUCCAGUUGUUCCUCCCACCUGACCACAGUGAUAAUCUUCUUUGGUCCAAUCAUUAUACUGUACAGUAAACCAGGAUCUGAGCAUUCUAGGGAAUUGGAAAAAUUGCUGUCAUUGCUGUAUACGGCGGUGGUUCCAAUGCUCAACCCGUUUGUCUAUACUUUGAGGAAUACAGAUAUUCUGAAUGCUAUAAGGGAUGUAACAAGGAGGAGGAACAUAUUUUAG